AUGAUAUUGAACACCACCCGGGCACGGAUCCAACGAGUGUUUGAGGUGGGGAGUGUGGAUCAAGGAUCACAGGAAGAUCAAGUGAUCGACCAUCAAAAGACAUUGGCCCUGGAGGCGCAAGAUCUCACGAAAAUGGAUCCGCGUUAUCGAAGAGCUACGGUUGUGGUGUAUGCAAGUGACUGGGUCAUUUCAGGAUCUUUGGUGCAGGAAUAUGACGAGAUCUACUACCCCGUGAUGUUUGCGAGUCGUACUUUGACGUCAAACGAGCUGAAUUAUGGCAUCGCGGAGAAGGAGACUCUCGAGAUCACCAAGUGUGUCAAGGGUGAGGAUGAAAUCCUCGGAGCAUUGGCGGUGAGUAUUACGCCUAGAUCAGAAGUGGAUAAGGCAUUGAUCUUGAUUGCCCCUAAAAAGGAGUUGCGGCGCAAGAUCCAAGCUCCGAUCCUCACUAUUGGGCGCGACCAGGAUCUGUAUGCCGUUAGUUUCGAUGGAUCCGCCCGAGUCAAGAGAGGUGGAGGUGCCUACAGCGCGAUCUUGCGGAAAUUACCUGAAGAAGGGCUAGAUCUGGCUACGCCGCUUCUAAUAGUGAACGAAGCAGAAUAUCAUGGGUUGCUAUUGUGUUUGGAUCAGCUGGAAGAUUUGGAUCCACGACGUCUGGAGAUCUACAGAGACUGGAACCUGGUGAUCUGCAAGUGCGAGGGCUCUGGAUCGACUCGAACAUGGCCGGAUCACGAGCUGUUGCAUGUUAAACGAGACUGGAAUGGGAGUGCCGACAGCUUAGCAAGUGCCGCGCUGCAGCGGCAAUGUGGGAUCAAGGUCGAGUCUGAGAAGGAGAUCCAGGAUCUAGUGACCUUUAACCGGUUGGAUGAGAUUCUGGUGGUGAAGAUGGAAGAUAAGGCCGCUCAGAUAUCUGCCGUAACUACCCGAUCUAACGCGAAAUCUGGGGUGCGAGCUGGGUCUGGCCCAGACUCAUUACCGGAGGAGGUUGGGACAGAACAGCGGAUCGAGCGGAUCCGGCAAAAGUAUUUGGGAGAGAUCCGAGAUCUGACGCAAGAAGAUGCCAAGGUGUUUGGAUCUAUUGUCAUGAAUUAUGAAGUGAAUCAGUUGGAACUACGCUUCUAUUGUCCGACAACUAUGGAGGCAGCUGCGGAUCGAGAUAAGUUGAUGCGACUGGUGGGUGAUCAUCAAGGAAUUGGUCGUCUCUGUGAUAGGAUCCGCGACCACUUCCACUGGAGAGGGCUGUAUAAGAGCUUAAAGCGAUACGUAGGGGAAUGUGUUGACUGCGAGAGAGGCAAAGGACGACCUCGGAUCCAAGGUGAGUCGCCUGGUAACCUUCACGCAACAUACCCGUUCCAGGUCAUCGCCAUGGAUCACAUACCGUCGCUCCCCAGAUCUUUCAAUGGCAACACAGAGUUGUUGAUCUUCGAAGAUCUAUUCUCGGGAUUUGGCGCGAGCGAAGUGAUCCGGCAUGAUCGAGAGCCAGGCUACAUGUCUGACCUCUUCAAGUCUUUCAACAAGAUCUUGAGUCAACGCCAACGUGCUACUAUGGCUUAUGGCCCCAAGCUAAUGGAUCCGCAGAGCACAACCACGAGGGCUCUCAAGAUGUAUGUGCAGGAUCUGGAUCAACGUGAUUGGGAUGAAUACGCUGAACGGCUCACCUUCGCGAUCAACACCGCAAGAGGUCGGAUCCGAGGUGAAACUCCUUUCUACAUGAUACGUGGUUGGGAUUCUAGAUCCACUCUGGAAGCGGUGAUCCCAGUGGGGAGCACUCGCAGGCACGAUCGAGAUCCAAGAAUGUGGCGAUAUCAGAUGCAAAAGCAUUACCAACAGGCUCGGGAACAAGUUAACCAACGUUUACGCGAGGCAAUCGCGGAUCGAGCCGACACGCAUAAUGAUCUGGUACGACCACACCCUGUGGAGGCUGGAUCAAGAGUCUGGUUGUACUUGGAUCGAGUGCGUGAAGGAUGUGCGAAGAAACUGGCGCACUUAUGGCACAGGUCUUUUCGUGUCGCUGAGAAGAUUGGAGAAUAUGCAGUGAGGUUGAAAAUUGCAGGAUCCACGUACAGCAUCUUUCCGGUGGUACACGUGUUGAAGAUCAAACCGAGCAGUCAGAUGCAGAUCGAAUUGACUUCGAUGAAGCCCUUUUACCUCAAGACAGUUGGAUCCAAGAUUGAGCCCCAGAUGAAUAUGAAGUAG